UCUAGGUGAUUUUUUUUCCAGUGACAUUUCUCUUUCAAUCUGUACACAGAAGACUUGAAGCUGGAUUACAGGAUUUCUGUCUAGGCUUAUUCACUUGUAUUUUCUCUCAGUUGCCAAUGUUAAAGUUGUUGGCUAUUUUUUUUUUUGUGCAAGAAGAAGCCAGUGAUCCAGAUUUGUAGGCCUUAUUUCUGAAUAGUUUUGCUGAGAGCUGAAACUGCAACAUGAAGGGUCCUUGUCGAAUAUGUGGUGGUAAAUUCCGAGGGAAUCAGUGUCGCUGGAUUUUCAGCUCAUCCGGUAAAAGGAACUUGCAGGUGAUCUUGUCUUACGUCUUGGGGGUCGCAAUCUCCCGCGAUGGCAAAGGAGAAUUCAUAUGCAGCAAGUGCGUCUUCAUGCUGGAGAACGUGGUCAAUUAUGAUGUGAUCAUCGGUCGCCUACAGGGAGUGUGCAGCUUGAAAGCACAGAAACUUUUGACUGAAAAGCACAACCUAGCUCAGUGCAUCAACCAUAUGUAUAAUCAGAACAACCCCCUGCCCAUCAAAAGCAAUGUGGAGUAUCUUUAUACCGAGAAACCUCCUGUAACAUUCAACACUGGUAUUCCCGAAGAAGGGACUUUAGCAAAGUUGUUGCAGCCUGGCAAAGGUGUUGCAGCCGCCCCCUCAAGCGAAGGAAACAAAAUGAAAAGGUGCCCGAGUUCUGAAACACUUCGAGGACGUGAACCAGCUGGAUGCCCUAACCCAAGAAGAUCGGGCAGUGGUAUCCCGUUGAAGACUCCGUAUCUCAAGCCAGUACACAGUCGCACUCAAAGUAUGUACUUUAAUUUAGUGCAAAGGCUCUGUGUUCUUGGUCUGAAAUCGAAAGGAGCUGACGGAUUUGAUAACUUUUCAGAGCUGCCGGCUAGAUCUUCUUUCAUCAGUUCUCCCUCAGUCUGUGAUGCCAUCAAACUACUAAAGAACAUUCAGUGUAAGCCUCUGUUAAUAUUGCCAGAAAGUAAGAUCCCUGUGCUUUUAAAGUAUGCCCAGAGACGUCCAGCAUCGGGUAGCAGUUAUCUUUAUAGCAAGACCCACAAUACAGAAAGGAUUGAUGACUGGAAAUUUUUACAGGACCUUGCAGAGGAUUUUAAUGAUGAAUAUACACCACUGAAAGCUGAGGUAAUCUGGUUGUGUAAUUUCUGAUUUACAUACCCUGUUAGGUUUGUUCCUUUGUAUUUGUUUAAUGGGAUUUCCAGAUUAUAUGACACUUGAUGAAUAUGAACAGACGAUCAUACUGAACUAAGUAUUUUAAUUCAAACCCCAAAAUGUGUUUUUGUUUCUUUUCUCUAUGUAAUAUUCUGUACUAUCUGAAAAGUAUUUUAUUAAAAGUGUGAUUUGCCUGAAAUGAACUGAAAUAAUGUUAUGUGAAGCAAAGGCAGAUCUAAAAGAAAAGGAGAAACACUAUAAUGCCUGAGGACAAUGUGUGGAUUGUUGUAACUAUGG